CCACCCGCACCCAACACGCAUCAAACCAAAAGUUAACGGGGGCUACGCUUCCACAUUCCAAACCCCACACUACACAUUGCUACUACUGCUCACCCAGAAUACACUCUGACUAUUAUCUGCCAGUUGCAUUCGCUGUAAUCGACGCUGCAAUCCACCUGCACCUGCGAAAACACAAACACGACUGUUCCGCCUACCAUGGCGCCCCAUCCUGAGAUUGCGGCCGACGGGCAGGCACUCUCGCCCAUGGCCGUGAAUGCUCUGCAGCUGGCCAAGUCAAUGGUCAAGCGUGAACAACCCGCACCAUACAAGGACCUCGCCUCAGCAGGCGCACGUCCACCAAACGACCUCUCCGGACCCGGCUUCCAGGCUCUCUUUGCCCUGAUCGGUGUCGGACUGGCACUUGGAGCCAUCUGGUUCUUCUUCUGGGCCAAGAACGGCGGCUUCAAGUGGCGCGAAAACGAUUGGGAGGACUACAAGUCGACGGUGCUGAGGCGCAAGGGACCAGAUGGAAAGACACUAUCCAACGCAACCAAGAGCACCAGGCUCGGUGGCGGCAGUGUCGUUCACGGUGGCAGCUACUUUGGCGAGCAGAGCGAAAUUGCUUACACUGACGAGACCGGCACAAGCGUCGACGCCAGCGAGUACCGCGACGCCGAGCGAGGCGAGGGCGGUCUUCGUGGUGGAGAUGGACGAAGGCAUAAGAAGCACCGCCGCGACCACACCAACGACUACAAAGACCCUGAGCUCCGCAAGUACCGCGAGGAGAAGGCUGCCCGUGUCGGCGGCCUCAACCGCGUUGGCGACGGCAUGUACACUGACUAUUCUGGCUCUCAACCUUCUGAAGUCGGCGGCUCUCAGGUCUCGAGUAACGUACCACUGGUCAAGAAGGAACCCAAGGACCCUAAGAAGGAGGCCAAGGCUAAAGAAGCACGUGCAAAGGAACGUAUGCGCAAGGCCAAGGCCGCUGAAAAGGAAGCUGCGAAGAAGGCUGCCGCCGAAGAGAAGGCUCGCAAGGAAGAACAAAAGGCAGAGGCUAAGCGUGCAAAGGAAGAGCAGAAGAGGUCCAAGAAGACACCUUCCGAAGCUCCCGAAAUGGCUGAAGUCAACCGCCCCAUGAUUGAGUACCGAUCCCCUCAGAGCGACUACAACCCUGGACCUGCAUACACCGAGUACACUGCCCCAUCUGAAGCCGGCACACCCACACGCGCUCCCACAAGGAGCAAGGCACCAUCUGGCCCCCGUCGCGCUCCUCCCUCUGCUGCAUACUCUUUCACUACCGGCGAAGACGACAACGCAACCGUCUACACUGGCGUCUCCACUAGCGACUUUGCCAAACCUCCUCCACCCAAGGCCCCCAAGACUGAGCGCUCCGCACCUUCUGAAGUCACUGAGUCGAGCUACUACUCCGAUUACCGCCCCAACGCCGACAAGUCCCUCUACUCGGACCCCAACAAGCACGCCCCUCGCUCCCGCUCAGCCCGCCCAUCUCAGGAUCGCCCCCGCUCUGGUCGCCCAACCUCCGAGUCUCGUCCUCGCCCAUCAGGCUCCCGCUCGCGCCCAACCUCUGAGUCGCCCCGCAAGCAACACCGCACUUCUCGCCCAGCACCUCCCCCAUCCGACAUCUUCACCACUACCAACGGUGACUCCCAGGGUCACAUGAGCUACCCAUGCCACAUCCCUGGCCUUAGCCAGGCCGGCAGUGUACACCCCAUGGAGAGUGUCUCUCAAGUCGGUGUCCCGACAAACGCAAGGAGGGAGCGUGGUGGCAGAGACGUCAUGGACGGCUACCGUCGCGGCGGUGUCCGUGCCGUAGGACGCAGGGACAGCUUGAGCGACAGUGACUAGAUUCGUGCACUUUCUUCUUCUACUGCAUGAUUUCGAGGUAAUGAGCAUGAUUUGAGGCGGCAUACCCCUUCUUGGCGUUAUUUGGGUUUUGAUAGAGCGACUUCUUUCGACUUUUCAACUUGGUACAGAGAGCGAGAUGAGACAUGGAAUUGGUGCCACUGUAUAGUGUACGGACUUGCAAAGGGUAUACCAGUGGUGGAUGGAACGACGAUCAAGCGUCAUGGGAUCAAGAUUCACGGACUGUAUGUAGUAACAACAAAGCAAUACAUGAGACGAUAUCACGAU